AUGGACAGCAUGAGCAGGGCUACAUGUUUGUUUGAUGGCUGUCACAGUGUAGUCAUUGCGAUCAAUGAGAACGAUAUAAUAAGUCUGCCAGAGCGAGUGUAUGGCCAUUUUAAGUUACUAGAAAAGAGAACUGGGCAAGACGUUUCGCUGAGCGAGAGCAACUUCCUAGUUGUUCCAGAUGUCUGGGACUUCGAUAAUGUUGGUGUAUCUAGGGAAAUCCCCUCUUCCCUCUUAGGGGACUCGGCUGAUAAUGGUGACUUCGAUUUUGACUAUGGUAAUUCCAGCUGGAAAAUCAAAAAGUGCCUCAAGUAUUUGAUAUGUGCUGACUGUGAUAAGGGCCCGAUCGGAAUAAUAUGCCAUGUGCAAGACCAGGAUAACAAUGAGGAAAAAGUAUUCCAUCUGUUAAGCCUGCGCAGUCUCCAGAUUGGGGAAAACUAG